AUGACUGCUUCUCAAGCAAACUACCUACCUAUUGAUAUAAAAUACUCUGGAAAGGGGGAUAAUCACUGGACAAGGCCCCUGCCACCCACGUCAGGCCGAUCGACCCACGUCCCGCUGUCCUUUGCGCCGGGGCCCAAGAACCUCCAUCUCCCCGGUCUUUUCAUCCUAACGCAACCCUCCACUCUCAGCCAGCGACUAAAAUUACCUGGCGCGUUGGGAGUCAAUCCCUGA